AUGGGCAGCACGGGAAACGGCCACAAAAAGUCAAGCAGCUCCAGCCAAUUUCCUCAGAAACUGUACCGCGUGCCAGGGAACUCCGGCACCCCGGGGACCUCCCGGCACAACAGCAUCGUCAUUGCCGACGGCAGGAAAGCCAUCCUGCAGGUGAAGCAUCUCGUGUCUGCCAGGCGCGGUGACCACCUGUUUCUGUCAAAGGAGAAGACGAAGCCAGACCUGCCCUCAGCUUUGAAACCAGACAUGGGCUCCAUCUCAAAUCAGAGCUGUAUCAGAAAUGACACGAACUCCUCUGAAGAUCAGUCUUUUUCUUUGUUUGACGUCCAUGUUUUGGUGCCCGUGACUAUAAUUUCCAUCAUCCUGUUUUUCUUAGGAGUCUCCGGGAAUUUGAUAACGAUAGUCAUUUUUAGACGCUCGCGGGAGAUGAGGACGACAGUGAACAUGUACCUGUCCAGCAUGGCGCUGUCGGACACGCUGAUUUUCCUUGGCCUGCCUUCAGACCUCUACCGCCUUUGGAAGUACAAGCCCUCCAUAUUUGGGGAUUUUCUCUGCAAGUUCGUCUUUUACCUGAGCGAAACGUGCACAUACUGCACCAUCCUGCACAUCACCACGGUGAGCGUGGAGAGGUACUUUGCCAUCUGCUUUCCCCUGAAAGCCAAAGCGACCAUCACCAAGUGCCGCGUGAAAGGGAUCAUCCUAGCACUGUGGGGCUGCUCCCUCCUGACCGCUGGCCCCAUCCUCUUCCUCUUCGGGGUGGAACACCCCGACGGCAGCCUGCCCCAGGAGAGCCAGGAGUGCAGGUCCAUCGAGCGUGUGGCCCGCACGGGGCUGCUCGAGAUGAUGACCUGGGUCUCCACCAUUUAUUUCUUCUUGCCAAUGCUCUGCUUGACUCUGCUGUACGGACUCAUCUGCAGAAAGCUCCGGCGGAGCGGGCAGCGGCUGCCGGGCUGCUGGGCUGCGGGCAGGAGAAGGUCGCACACGCAGACUGUCAAAAUGCUGGCUGUCGUAGUCUUGGCCUUUGUGCUGUGUUGGCUCCCGUUCCACGUUGGCCGAAUCCUCUUCGCCCAGAGUGAAAUCAUCCUGCAUGACCUCACGCAGUACUUCAACCUCAUCGCCAUGCUUCUCUUCUAUCUCGGGGCUUCUAUAAACCCCAUACUUUACAACGUCAUGUCACACAAAUACAGGAAAGCGGUGUUUCGUGAGAUAGGUUUCGAACAUUUUAGGAAGGUUGGAGUCAAUUCACAUUAUUCCUGCACAGAGGGGCAGGCACGGGGGGAAGCUGGGCUGUUCUCUUCAGUGAACUUAACCAGCCGUGCUGCCAAGCUUAACUGUCCACAAAGCUCCUGCGAAGGGAUUUGUCUCCUGUUUUUGAGGACUAGACAUUUUGUUCAUGACAGACCUGUGAAACGUAAUUCAAGUUACUUUCUUCCCACAGAAGCAGAGAGAGAUAAAGUGGAGGUUAAAGCCAGGCCAGCUGUUUGCUCUCAGCAACUAACCCUGAUUACAGAGGACCCAGGAUUACCCUUUCUACAAGAAAUCUGUGUUCGGUAUUUGGAAAGGAUGUGCCAACCCAGCCUCACUGUUAGCCAGCAGCAAAAGUGGAAACGCACGUAA